ACAGGUGCAUACUUUUAGGGCGCAUCGUGUUAUUGUGGCAGCGCGAUGUGAAUGGUUUAAGAAGGCUCUAAUGUCCGGCAUGCAAGAGAGUUUGACAAGAAAAAUAAUUGUCACCGAUUGUUCACCGGUCAUUUUCCGACGCCUAUUGUUGUAUCUAUAUGGUGCACCAAUUGACAAGACUGUGGGUCCUGAACAUAUCUGUGAAUUAAUGCUAUUGGCUGAUAAAUAUUCCAUAGAUGACUUAAAGGAAUUGUGCGAAAAUACUUUAAAUUCUCAAAUAGAUGAACAUUCGGUAUUAUGCCUGUUGGGUAUUGCCGAUCAUUAUAUGGCCUCGGCAUUGAAAUCCAAGUGUCUUUCAUUUCUAUCACAAAAUUCACAUUUAACAAAGGCUGCUAUGUUUAAGGAAUUGUCACGGCCGUUGCAACUCGAAGUUAUGGACCUAAUCCAUUGGUAUGGUCGUGUAUCUGAGCCAUGGUCAGAUACGGGUGGCUUCAAACCGCGCAGUACUUCCCGACACAGUCUCAAGAGCCCUUCAAAGCCCCGUUCACGUUCUAGAAAAUCAUCACCAUCCUUUAUGUGACACUGACUUUUAAGGCUUAGGGGAAAUUAAAUUUAAGGUAA